CAUCGGGAGGCGGGACAACAUGGCAGGAACUCACUGUACAACAGUUAGCUUAAAAGGUGUUUAAACUGUAACGUUACGUUCAUUUAUAAAGUAAAUAAAGAUUGUUAACCUUUAACGGAAGGCGUUUUUACUGAGCUAUUAAAACUGUAUUCACGUUUACUCAUGUCUAAUCUCCGACAUUAAUAUAAAGGUGUCGAAAAAGAUGUGUAGCUAACGUUAGCUAACGAAUGCUAAUGGCUACCCCUUGCUAAUUUAGCUAACACGUAAACAUGCCGCUUCAAUUAGCCUUAAACACUCGUACACACAGAAGUGAAUGAAAGACAGUGGUGUGAGGAUCCUUACGUUGCGGCCCAGACAGCAGGGAUGAAGAAGUGGAACUGGAGAGAAGGGCAGCGGCCGUACAGGCGACGAGGUGGUGGUGGUCAACGCCAUGGUUGGUACAGGGGCAACCGGCAAAGGUCAACACAGGAGGAGCAGUGGUUUGGACAUGAUGAUGCUGGGCCAUCAUACAGAGCACCUCAGAGGAGAUAUGAGAACCAGUCCACCUCCUCCUCAUCUUCCUCAUCUUCUUCCUCCUCCUCUGAGACCAGCACUACUGCACCAGAGCUGCCUGGUUUCUACUUUGACCCGGAGAAAAAUCGUUACUUCCGCCUGUUGCCCGGACACAACAACUGCAACCCGCUGACCAGAGAGCAGAUACAGGAGAAAGAAAGAGAGAAAGAGAGAAACAAGAUGCUGGCAGAGGAUGAAAAACCCAGAAAAAAAGCACCAAGAAAAGGUUUGAACACUUCGCUGCUGCUGCAGAGACGACAUCUUGGCCUGUUGCCUGAGAACUCCUAUUGCAGGCUGGUCCAUGAGGUGAAGGUCAGUGGAAUGAGACGCCACAAACUAGAGAUCCAGAGCACGGACAACAGCAACCCCAACACUGACAACUUCAGACUCAUAGUGGGGGACUCUGCAUGCGAACGAGUGUUCACAGUCAACGAUGUGUCACACGGAGGCUGCAAGUACGGCAUCAUGAACUUCAGCAGCAGCAGCCGAGGAUCUCUGUCUGUGGAAAUGUGCGACAACCUCUACUUCACCAACCGCAAGGUGAAUUCCAUCUGCUGGGCCUCAGUCAACUACCCAGACUCUCACGUCUUGCUGUGUCUGGUAGGAGCGGCAGACACCCCCGGCUGUGUCAGUUUACUUCCUGCUUCUCUCUUCAGCAACUCCAACCCAGAGCAGCCCGGGAUGCUGUGCAGCUUCAAGAUAUCCUCAGCCUGGUCUUGUGCUUGGUGCCUCAACCCCCAGUUUGACAAGACCUUCAGCACAGGCCUGUCUCGUAGGGUGAUAGUUAAAGAUGCAGAGACGGGCCGAACGCAGACGUACAGCGCCGGCAGCGAUGUCUUGGCUCAGCAGUUUGCCCUCAGGGUCCCUGUGCUGUUUAAUGGUUGCCGGUCAGGAGAGAUCUUCAGCAUUGACCUGAGGCAGCGCGGCCGCAGGGAUCAGAGCAGGAAGACCAGCCGCUUCCAUCAGGAAUCAGCCAUCACCUCCGUACGCGUCCUGCAGGAUGAGAACUACCUGCUCGCUGCUGACAUGCUGGGCCAGAUUAAGCUGUGGGACGUGCGGGUGACAAAGCCAGUGCAGGAGUACAAAGGGCACUAUAACGAGCAUGCCUACCUUCCCAUCCACGUCAAUGAGCCUGAGGGGCUUCUGCUGGCAGUCGGUCAGGAUUGCUACACAAGGUUAUGGAGCCUGAAAGAUGGCCACCUACUGAGGACCAUCCCGUCACCCCACCCGGCUGCAAAUGACUUGAUCCCGAGCGUGGUCUUCUCCUCCAAGCUGGGCGGCUGCAGGGGACUCCCCGGCCUCCUCAUGGCCGUCAAGCACGACCUUUACUACUUCCCGUACAACACUGACUACCAGGACGGAGGAGAGCAGCCGGCCAGCGCUUAUUAAGGAAAAGACUGAGAAUGCUUCAUCUCACAAAUCAUUUCUUGAAAAACUACAUUUCUUUUUUGCCAAAUGUUUGGAUGGAGUUAUAUUCAUAUACAAGAUCUGUAGGUAUUUUAUAGUUGAAAGCGUUCGGCCAGUGUACGUUUCAUUUCCACAAGGCUGAACUGAACUUUUGAUUGAGAAGAUGACCUCAGAGGAGUUGCAUUUAAGUCUCAGGGGAAUGUUAUUUUCGACCCAGUUGUUUGUGCCAAGAGGAAAUAGAAGUGCUACAUAGACGAGUGCACACGAUUACUACAGUUAAAGGGACAGUUCACUAAAAAAAUGACCAUUUGUUUAUCAAGUACUGAACUUGGGAAGAAGUCUUUCUCGUAUGCCUCCAUCGUGAACGGAGAAUCUGAAAAAGGCAAACAGCAGCAUAACUAGAUCAAAACAUCCAUUUGCAAACUCUCACAGGAAUCCAAGUGGUUGAAUCCAAGUCCCAUUUAUUUCAGCAGUUUGCUCAGUUCUUCCCAAACACGUCUUUGCACUUCAGUCCUACAAGUACAAGUAGCACGCCUUGAGUGUGCCUGAGCAUGCAUGUAUGAGCUCCACAGCCCUGCAUACGACUGUUUGUACCAAUGACAGUAAAAAAAAAAGAUGGACAACGCAUUUCCACUUCCUCCUCCUGGGUUAGGGUGUCCCAUCUGCAGCCAGCCACCAGGGGGCGAUGGAGGUGCUUUGUCUUCACCUUGUCCAUCUUCAUCUACAGUCUAUGGCUUUACUGACGUGUUUUAAAUCACAGUGUUUAGCGUAAAAUGCAUGUGUUUGAAGGGCUGAGCACCAACUGGAUAAAUAAGACUUGGAUUUUACUGCAUGAGACGUGCGAGUGUUUGUAAACAGAUGAUUUGAUGUAGUUUUGCUCGGGCUGGGCAAUAUGAAGAUAUUAUAUCGUUAUCGAGAUAUGAGACUACAUAUCGUCUUAGAUUCUGGAUAUUGUAUCAUGAUGUGGCAUAAAUGGUGUUUUUCCCUCAGUUUAAAGGCUGCAUUACAGUUAAGUGGCUAAACUUAACAGAUCUUCUAUUUGUUCUAACACCUGCCUUAAUUAUUAAUGAGAUUGAUAAAAAAAUGUAAUUGUGUUAUUGUGUUUUGAACACAACAAAACAAAACAAUAGUCAUCCGUACAACUUUUGUGCAUCACAGAGUGUAUUUAGUCAGAAAUAUAAUGUUGGAUUUUGUCUCCCAGUCCGAGCAUUGAUGCAGUGCUUUUGAGGAGAUUUAAAAAUAGAGAUAUAGCCUAAAAAUAUUGUUAAAUAAUUUCCAGGACAUAUCACCCAGCCCUGAGUUUUGCUGUACUUUAACGUGGUCCCCAACCCAUGAAGAAUGUUCGCCUUUUUGGAUUCUUUGUUCACCAUGGAGGCACGCAAGAAAAGCAAAGUUUCUCUCAUGAAUUCAAGGUGACAUGUGGCGAGUAGCUGAUAUACAAAUGAUCAUUUUGGGGUGAACUGCUCCUUUUUAAGAUUUCUUUAAUCUUUUCGAAUAAGUGCUCUUAUGACGUGAUUGACCUUUGAUUUUUAAUACAAACUGAUAAUAAUUUGGAAAUCCUGCAUUUAUACUGUGAUUCAACACUUUCUUAUCGUUGGUGAUUGACAAUUAUAUUCUAAAAAAAAAAAGAA